AUGCCAAACCGGUCCCAAGUCAGCUACAAAGAUAGGCUGGUGGGAGACAUCCUUGGUGCCUAUGCACAAGCUUUUUGGUUUGACAAAGAGGAAGAGGCUGAGGAUGAGGCUGAAUCAAAUAUUGAACUGGAUGAUCUAGUGGAAGGUAUGGUGGAUGUGAAACUUUCUAAAGAAACUAAGGCUAGGAUUAGAGCUCCUUGGACUAAGGCAUUGAUAGUGAAAGUGUAUGGCAAAACUGUGGGAUAUAGUUACCUCACUUUCAAAAUCAAUACCUUAUGGAAGCCUGUUGCAAAGAUGGUUUGUGUUGAUCUUGGAAAGGAUUUUUUUCUAAUCAAGUUUAGUGAUAAGUUUGACUAUGACAAGGUGCUUCAAGGUGGCCCCUGGUUUGUUGGGGAGCACUCUCUAGCAAUAAAACCAUGGGAACCAUAUUUUAAAGCUUUUGAAGCUUCAUUCUCUUCAGUGGCUGUUUGGAUCAGAUUUCCAAAGCUCCCUAUCGAAUUUUAUGACCUUAUGGUGCUCAGAGAGAUUGGCUCAGCCAUUGGACCUGUUUUGCGGAUUGACUCCUACACCGCGUCGGGUUCAAGAGCAAGUUUUGCUCGUCUGUGUGUCCAAAUUGAUCUUUCCAAGCCGUUAGUCAAUCUGGUCAGAAUGGGACGUCUAAGGCAAAAGGUGAUGUAUGAGGGAAUCUCAGCUUUGUGUUUUUGUUGUGGGAGGCUUGGGCACAAACAAGAAAGCUGUGGAUUCCGUGUAAGACCAAUGGAGAAGAAUAGAGAGGAAGGUCCUUCAGAGAGUCAAAAGGUGCAACAGAACGAACGAGCUGGACAUACUGAACAAAGUGUACAAUCCGAUUCCAACUUUGGUGAUUGGAUGAUAGUUACUAGAAGAAAAAAUUAUGUUAGAAUGGGACGGAACCGUGGGACCAAAUCACCCCACUAG